CGAUAAUUCUUCGUAUCAUUUAUUUAGCCCUGUGUUUUAUUAGUGCAAUAUACAACUUAACAAAAUUAUUCAAAUUUUAUAACAGCAAAUUCUAUUAUCAAAGUGAAAUGUACAAGUUUAUACGCUUGGUGAAUUUGAUGAUGAAUCACGUAUCUACGUGUUACUACAUUUAUCAAGGGAUCAGGCAAUACGACAAGUGGCCGGAGCUAAUGGAUAAAAUAAAGGAAUUUGAUCAGAAGAUUAGGAGGGAAAUACCUAUAAAUGACAAGACAGUAAAAAUUAUGGAAGCACUAGCGAUUCUAGUGACGUUUAUUUGUUGUCCUUUGUGCCCGAUUCUGGAUAUCUUUUAUUAUUACUUUUCAGAUUUAUUCAAAAUCGGGAUUCAGUUAACAAUUUAUUAUAUGUCGGCCCAAUCCUUGAUCAACAGCUUUGUUUUCUAUGUUGUUGUUCUAUGUACUAUAUUGUAGAUUACAAGCGAUAAAUGAAUUGACCUGCCAAUUGGAUGAGCUAUCCGAUACGCCAGGGAUAGCGCUUAAGAUUAGACGCAUCCGAGAAAUGCAUAGUGGUAUUUGUGAUCUUGCCAUCAUGGUGAAUGACAUUUAUGGUUUUCAUCUUCUCUUCUGUUCGGUGAACUGUCUUACUAUGAUCGUAUUUCAACUAUUCACAUUCUACACAGUAAUUAUAGAGCAAAAUAAUUCGUCUAUUUGGAUGUUUACUAUGUUAUCGACUUUGUACAUCAUGCAAUUUGGUCUGAUAUGUCGGAUUUGUACACUUGUGCGUCGAGAAAUUGACAAGACCGGAAUAAUUAUAUACACAAUUGUACUGAAUUUAAAACAUGUAAAUCUUGAAUUAAAAGGAAGGAGAAGUCAAUCAAAUGUAGAAGUGCAAACGUUAGUGGAAGGUCCGAACAUCGGGCAAAAUUUUAUUUGGAGCAGCACUCAGUAUCUGAACGAUGUCGCCAUAAGAAACCUACACAAAAACUUAAAUCGUGAUUGUAUUAGAAACGAGACCAAUGAUUUUUUAAAUCAACUGCAACAUCGUCGAAUAGUAUUUACGGCCUGUGAUUUCUUUGAAUUAAACAAUGUAAUAUUUAGUGGUUUUAUUGGCGUGAUCAUCGUUUAUUUGACACUCUGUAUUCAAUUUUAUAAACCAGUAAGUAUUAUAAAAAAAACGUAGCAUUGUUAACCGCUUUGUUAGGGUAAACUUGGGUAUGUUGACUAUAAUUUUUAAAAUGCAAAAAACAUACCUUUUUAUUUUUAUGAAUUUUGAAGAGCGUUUGGUACAUUACUUUACUGAAGCUGAAAGCGUGUAACACUAUUAGCAUUAAAGCGAAAAUACUUAAUAAACGUUUUAUAUUACCUAAAUAUUGAAAAAUAAAUAUUGGCCACAUUUCACAUCUUUGAGAGAAUAAAAUAUGGCUAUAAUAUUAUAUAACAAUUGGUCAUUCAUAUUUUA